AUGACAUAUUGCAGUACGAGUGAAACUUCUAUACUUCAGAACGGCGAUGAUUAUGGUCGUAUAAGAGCUUAUAAACCAAGUUAUGAAGAAACUGAUACUCGACACAAUACAAAUUGCGAUUUAGAACCAAAUCAUACACAUUUCCUGUUAUUUGAUAAUGGUAAAGAGCAUCUCCAUCCAGAUAAAAUUUUGGAAAAACGUAGAGAAAUCGAGAAAGAACUUGCAAAAGCUUUAAAAUAUUCGAUUAUUGGUUAUGAUCCUAACAAUGGUAUGUAUUUUCUUCGAUAG